CACUUUCCUGCUAAAUCUAACCAAUCACAGCUCACUGACACAGUGGAAGUUGGUCGCUACGUCUUCAUACAAAAGCUGUGUCACAGCCAACAAAACUUCAGCUCAGUUUCUUUUAGUUACGAAGAAGUUUUAUAGAAACAAACACACCAUGUCGGAGGCGACCGCAGCGACACGGUAUGAGAUAACGUUACAUUGUAUCUUUGUGCUGCUCUGUAUGUGUCAAUACUGACAACACAAGUCUCCUCGUGAUGUUUCUAGCAUGCCACGCAGGCAGAUAACUUCUCCAAAGAAAGGAAAACUUUGCCUACAACUCAGUGAGACACUUUGACUGUGUUCCCACGUGGAUUUGCUUUUUAAAGGAUGAUGAAGAUUAGGAGAUACUUGAGGGGCAGUGGGAGGGUGCUCGCCUUUGUGUUCAUCGCCUCUGUCAUCUGGCUGCUGUUUGACAUGGCAGCUCUGCGCCUGUCAAUAAACGACGUGAACAGUCAGCUGCUGAAGGAGAGAGUGAUCAAAGAGAGGGAGAUCUUCAAGCAGCAGGCCAGGGUGACACAGGUGAUGAAGAAGAACAGAGGGUUCAAACACCCAGUUCAGAGGGUGGACUUUGCUGCUUUUACACAUGCUGGGAAAGAAGCAGCACUCAGUUCAAGCAGUGUCAAACUAGCCCAGGUGUACAGACAGGGGGGCAAGAAACAGGAGCACAUGUUGGAGAAUAAAAAGAUGAAUCUGCCCAAAACUGACCAUCCCAAAUAUGUUGUUCCUGAACAUAAAGAAGGAGUACAAAAGGUCACACCAAAGCAGGAUGUUCCUGCAAAAAAGGAAGCAGUAAACUUGGAUCAGAAAGUAGAGAAAAGUAGAGUACCUGUUGAAGUACCUGUAGCUAAUAUAACCCAAGUUGUUGUUCAGAAAAACAAACAUGCUCCACUUCCAACCUCAAAGAAGGGACCCAUUAAAUCUGGAGAUGUUGUGCAAAACGCUCAGGACAAAAUUGAUUCAAAGACAGAUAAAAAAGUCAAGGAUGAGUCUAAGAGUGGAGCAAAAGGGAGUCAGCCUAAGGCUGAGGAGACACACCCUGUUAAAACAACAAAACCCCCACACAAGGACGUAAAAGGAAAGGAGGUAGAUCAUAAAGAAGAGGAGAAACACGUUAAGAUGAUCACCAAGAGUGACCUGAAGGCAGCGAAGGAAACCCCGAAACCUACAAUCAAGCCCCAAGCAGUAGAGGACUCAAAGAGUAAUGCCACCGCUGUCAGAAAACCAGGUGUCCACAAAGUGCUUUCUCUGGAUGUGACUAACGCUCCCAGAGAUGUCAACGCGGUGGGCCAGUUUGGUCAGGCAGCACUGGCCGCCAGUAACGAAGACGCAGAGGUGAAGAAGAGAUGGGAUGAAGGGCAUUUUAAUGUCUACCUGAGCGACAAGAUCCCAGUGGACCGUGCCAUCCCAGACACCAGGCCUGACGCGUGUGCACAGGAGCUGGUCCACGAUGACUUGCCUACCACCAGUGUGAUUUUCUGUUUCGUGGAUGAAGUGUGGUCCACGCUCCUGCGCUCUGUGCACAGCGUGCUCAACAGAUCUCCACCGCACCUCCUCAAAGAGAUCAUUCUGGUGGAUGAUUUCAGCACCAAAGCCAAUCUAAAGGAACCGCUAGAUAAAUACAUGUCCCAGUUUCCCAAAGUGCGAAUCAUUCGUCUGAAGGAGCGGGAAGGCCUGAUCAGGGCCAGGCUGGCUGGAGCUGCUGUAGCCAAAGGUGAGGUUCUUACAUUUCUCGACUCCCACAUCGAAUGCAACGUGGGCUGGCUGGAGCCGCUGCUGGAGAGAGUCUAUCUGGAUCGCAAGAAGGUGCCCUGUCCUGUUAUUGAGGUCGUCAGUGAUAAGGACAUGAGUUAUAUGCUGGUUGACAACUUCCAAAAAGGUAUUUUCAAGUGGCCUUUGUUGUUUAGCUGGAAAUCAUUAUCAGAGGAGUACAUUAAGAAGAAUAACAUGACCAUCUCAGAUCCCAUCAGAUGUCCAGUCAUGGCUGGAGGCCUUUUCUCCAUAGACAAAAAAUACUUCUAUGAGCUCGGUGCCUAUGAUCCAGGCCUGGAUGUGUGGGGUGGGGAGAACAUGGAGAUUUCAUUUAAGAUCUGGAUGUGUGGAGGGGAAAUCGAGAUCAUCCCCUGCUCUCGAGUGGGACACAUCUUCCGAGGACAGAAUCCGUACAAGUUCCCCAAAGACAGGCAGAAGACGGUGGAGCGUAACCUGGCGAGGGUGGCAGAGGUCUGGCUGGAUGAGUACAAGGACAUUUUCUACGGCCACGGCUACCACCACCUGCUGGAUAAAAAGAACACCGACAUCGGCGACCUCACCGAGCAGAUUGAGCUGAGGAAGAGGCUCAAAUGCACGAGCUUCAAGUGGUACCUGGAUAACGUGUAUCCAGAUCUAAACGCUCCUUUAGUCAAAGCAGAGGGCCUGGUCUUUAAUCGCGGCUUAAGGAAAUGCCUCUCUCAGGAGAAAGGCUCUCUUUCGUUUGACACAUGUGAUCUCAACCAGCAGAGUCAGCACUUUAAUUACACCUGGAUGAGACACGUUCGCCAGCAAGAUAUAUGCGUCAUUCCCCACGGCAAGGGCAGCGCCUUCACUUUACAAUCAUGUGACAACGCCAAGCCUGAACAUCGCUGGAUCCACAAAUCACCCAACUCCGCUCUGGCGGAGCACCUCAUGGCAGAUUUUGUUUACCACAUGUGCCUGGAGGCGGGGCCUGAGGGUGACAAGCUUCUCCUCAAUCCAUGCGAGAGCAGGAACGCCUUCCAAAAGUGGCAGUUCACAAACUACUACGCUGUGUGACGAGACUGAAACGUGUCAAACGUGCACUAUAGAGACCUUCAGUGGCCGGGCUAUGGUCCAGACUCAACACACACGUCUGUCCAGAGGAGGUGGCAGCAACGGGUGUGGUGGUGUAAAGCAGAGGGUUUGGGGAUGUGCAAUGUCCCUUUUAUUAUAUCGGCGUGGACUGGACCUCACCUGUGCCAGAGGAAGGAGAGCAUCUUCUCUCCGUUUAGGAAGAUUUGGACCGGACGGCGAUUGUUUAAAGGGAUUCAAGCAGCGAAUGUCUGUGGAAGAACACUCCAUAUUGAGCACAACAUGUCAUCUCACUGCCAAAGAUAAACAGUGCCUCUUUGAUAUAACAUUUAAGAAGUGAUUUUUCUUUUUGUGUUUGCUCUGCUGGGACUGAAAUAAUGAGCUUAAUUGCAUGUAAUGUAGAAUGUAUACAUUUGUAUUAAACACUUUUUGGUGAGACAUCAUCUUAUCUAAACGAUGUACUUUUAUGUUUGAUGAGGCACAUGGGUGUAGCUGCGUCUAUGGUUUUAAGCAUUAUUUAGGUGUAGGUUUUGUUGUGAAAACUGUCCCUUUUUGUAUGAAUUUCUUCUCGUCACUAGAGGGAAGUGUUGGUUCAAAACAUGUAAUAAAGCUGUGCUGUGA